CGGCGUUGUAUGUACCUAUUGUAUAUUGAACCGAACUCCCUCCUGUUACUAGAAUGAAUAGUCUGCUGGGACUCGGACUCGUAACGAGAAUCUCUAGCUCUGCCACACAUUGGGAUGUCUAUGCCAUCGACGACGCGGAUACGCCGAACAAGGACCCGAACCAUUCAUUCAUGCGUGCCUUGUCAUACGCGCAAGGUCAAAUGCGACCGAGGCCAUCCUUGCCGCAAUUGCAGCGCUCGCCGACGGGAACACGAGUGCCGAUAUGUAACAACAACGAAUUCCUUCUCGGCUUCUGCUUUUUCAGCCUUGAAUGUGGUGGACUCUUCGCCCAAAACGAGUAACCUUAAGAGGAGCCAACAAAUCCAAAUUCGGUCAUCGCCACGAAAGAAUCUCGUCGUCCAAGGGACAGCGGAUUCCCUCCAUCAGGUACCCGGAGGACGUCAUGAUAGCCCCUCCGCUUCAGUGCCAGCCAGCGCACCAGAUGCAGGAGGGGGUGGUGAAGGUGGUGGUCGUGAGGCCAGCGGCAAAGCUCCCAGGCAGCUGAUGUUUGCGCGACACAACAAAGGGAAAGUCAGAUUCAAGGGCCCGACGCACUGGUCCUUGUUGGCGGCUGAGUUAUGUACGGAUCCCUCAAAAAGAAGCACUGCUCUCCUCCCAAUCAGGCUGACUGCAGUGGUGGACGAAAGCAUGCUGACCAGACCAUGACUAUAUGAUCACAUCACUGCAGUUUGAAGAACUGGCACCUUUCAUGUUCGGCAAAGACAACGACAAACACCCAGGGUUCGAGUUCGACCAGCUAAGCCAAAAGUUACGAGCAUUGAAACGCUUCUACCCUAUCCGCGCAAACCGGAACUAUCCAUUUCGCAGUCUGUCGACGACAGAGUUGUGGACCAAAGAACACGUCCGUUCUAUCGUGCCGCACCGUGACGUCGCUGACAGAUAUAUCCAAAACUAUCUCGACACGUUCGAAAAUACACAUCGAAUGCUACACGUUCCAAGUCUGCGGGAAGAAAUCAAUCUCUUCUGGCGAAUGCCCACGGCCUUAGGAUAUGAAUGGCUCUCGCAGUUCCUGAUGAUGCUCGCUCUCGGAUGUCCGCGUAGCCAAAGGCUGGCGCAUCCCCAAGUGGUGAAUUUGUUUCUCGAGGGCGCCGAGGCGUGUCUGAUGCAAACGCAGUUCCUGGCCAAGCCGACGUUGACAUCAAUACGAGUCAUGGUCAUGAUGACUCUGGCAAAACAGAUCGACAUGGUCGCCUUUGACGACUCGGGUGGCGUGUGGGCGUAUUUGGGCCUAGUUGUCCGUCUGGCCAUGUCGAUGGGCUUGCAUCGCCACUCGCGAUGGUUUGUGUCUAUGUCGCCCUUUGAGGCCGAGAUGCGCAAACGCGUUUGGGUGACGCUGGUGUUUAUAGACUUGCAGAAUUCCCUCGAGGCCGGUCAGUCGCCUCUCCUGCAUCCGGAUGAUUAUGAGACUCUUUGUCCAACUGGAUUUCAAGAUGAAGACAUGCCGGCGCCGCUGGAGGAUGAAAAUACUCCGCGCCCGGAAAGUGAAGCCCGUGUACACCAUGGCAUUGUGGCCGACGAAUCUACUUUCCAAACAUUCUUGGACAGUUCCUUGCAAUCCAUCUUGCGCAUCAUUCGUCUCGUACACCACCACCAUCACCAGUCUCUGAACGAGCCUGACGAUACAAUAUACGCUCGUGUCGUUGACGCCGAUGUCCAAAUCCAAGAAAUGCGUCAAACUGCAAGCCGUCUGUACCCAAGCCACUGGCACACUGGCACCCUCACCCGCGUCGCUGCAUGCAAUGAUGACGACGAUGAUGACAACCACAACCAGUUUUCCGGGGAAAACAAGAAUGGAAAGACAUUUCUCAGCACAGAUUUGCAAGGUAUAUUGCUCGAAAUAUAUUUCUGUCGCCUCCGCCUUGCGCUGCACCAACCGUAUUUCAUGGCCAUGGCUGGGUCCGACUCCCUAGCCCAGGGAUCUGAAGCAAGUGCAACGCCAACGAAGCGGUAUCGCUAUCCCGACUCGUGCAGGAGCGUGCUCGAGUCGGCCUUGUCCAUCUUGGUCCUCCAAAGAACACUGUACGACGAGACCCAAACCCAGACCCAGACUGCUGUCACUGAUUCGGCCCCCGACCCUGAUGGGCCGAUUUCGAUUGAGUGGUUUGCCGAGUUAUUCAAGGGCGACUUUUUCGUGGCGGCUCUCUUUGUCGCCAUUGGUAUUCGUCGCGGCAGCUUUGGUGUGGACCUGAAUCAACACCACCACCAACACAGUCCUGACAGUCACCACGGACCACCUGCUGCUGUUGCUGCUGCUGCUUCUAUCGCGGCCGACGAAAUCAACAUCGCUUCACGCACCCUCGACGCCUGCUGGCACAUCUGGGCCUCCAAGGUCGGCAUCUCCGUGCACCACUUUAAAGCGCAUCUGGUGCUGGGAAUCGUUAUUGCUGCAACCAAGGCCAAGUUGAGUAGCUGCAGAGCAGAAGAGGAAAUCAAUGUUCAACGGGCCGCGGUGGAGACGACUAUAGCGACGGUGGAGAAGGCCAUGUCACGCUCACCAUGCUCACACUCACACUCAUGUAACAAUGCAGUUGGCUCGCAGCAAACUACUCGACAAUCUCACGGAAUGGAUUUGGAUUUGGAUUCGGGUUCGAACAAUUUGAACUACUACUAUCUGGCCGCCAGUGGCGGAGAACAGGUCAAUGGGUUUGUACAGCCUCAUUCUCAGCCUCAGCAUGAACCGAAUGCUGCGACCGCAGUAACGACGGACACGGAAACGGAACUAAUGACCAGCACCAGCACUGCCUGUGCCACACACUUUGUGGGCGGACUCGGAAAGGACAGUAUAGGACAGUCUUCAUAUCUGAUGCCUGGCGACUUCGACAUGAGUGGGCCUGGACCUUGGCCGUUCUUAUCGGGAUCGUUUGUUGAUGAUUGUUUGUUCGAGCAAUUCGGCAUAUGAUCAAAACGUGACGUUGGCAGAAGGGAAUUUGAGUGUGUGCUCGAAGUCCAAAACUUGAGUUUUGGAGUGGCUGUUAAACAAUUCCUGAAAGCCAGCAAAGAGGUAGAGGUAUCCGCCAACCAAUCGAGACAAGUAAUUUGGACUACUUUUCUGCCAUCCAGUCCCUUGUUGGCUGUCAGUGUCACUUGUCUUGCCUGGUCUCGGCUCGGCUCACACUCGCCAUCCGUGGCUUUUCGCAAUAAGAGACCUUGCACAGAAAGUCAAUGCCGUCCCGGCCAUCAACACACUGCCACCGAAGAUGAUGGCUUCAUCGUAUCCACCAAAAUGCGCGAUCAUGGCACCGGUGAUUGGCGUGCCGGUAAGGCCUGCAAUGCCAUACAAGCCGAGCGCCAUGCCCACAUAGCUUCCAAUCUCUGUCGGGUGGGUGCAGACUUCAGCAAUGGUGGUUGGGAACAGCGCCACAACAAAUCCUGAGAACAUGCCGUACAGGACGGCGAAAACAUAGAUGGCCGCCGUGGAGACCACACGAAGCCAGCAGAAGACGAGGAUCCCACAGACACAGUUUCCCAUGACCAGGAGAUUGAAGCGGCCAAAUCUGGGUGCGGCGAUUCCAGACAAAAUCCGGCCGAUAAGUGAGCCCGAGUUGAGGACUGCAAGUGUGUAGAUGGACAGAUCCAUGUCGAGGCCCUUUGCCUCCGAGUAUGCUGGUAAGAAGAAAAACGGCGUGAAGAGGCCCCACCAGACAAGGAACAUUCCCGCGACCUGGAUCGAAUAUACCGGAUGCUUGAAAGCAUGCAGGAGAAAAUAUUUGCCUUUCCUUGGUGGCAUUCGGGGCACGACGGUGGCACACGCCGUCAGGCACAAGCCGAGGACCAGAAACCCGACGAUGCGGACGGCCCACCCGAAACCCAGCGACGUGUGGUAAAUGAGUCGGUUGAGCAUCACGGGAAAUAUGAUACCGCCCAGGCUUGACCCGGAUGAGGCAAUUCCCAUGGCUAGCGCUCGUCGUUUGUGGAAGUACUGUCCGAUCACUGCGAUGGCCGGUGCGUAUGCCAGCCCAUUGGCAAGUCCACCAAGCAGACCUUGCGCAAGGAUGAAAUGCCAGUAUUUCGUGCAGACACUGGUGAGCAUGACCGCGGCGACGUAGAUGAUGGAAAAGGGCCAUAUGAUAACCUGUUGCGCCAAGUUAGAAAGCGGUAUUGCCUCGUUGGGGGAAGAUGACUUGACCGUCAGCACGUACUCUUGGACCCCAAAGAUCAGUAAUCGGACCUGCAAUGAUACCUGCUGCGAAUUGAAGAAAGACCUGCAGUGACCCAAUCCACGAGAUGGCCGAAGGUGUGUAUUCAUGAAGCAGCUCCUUUUGAUAAUAUGUCUCGUACACGCUACAGCACAUUUCAGCAUCAGCACAGCUGUCAUUUUGAAGACAGAAGGUGGGAAGUCGGUUCGGCCAACGAUUAUUGACGAACUUACCCAAAAGCAUUAAGAUAUCCGAACGUGAAGAACAUGACACAGAAGCAGCCUAGCACAACCAGCCAUGCUCUGGCUCCUCCUUCUGGAUAGGUUGUAGCAGAGGCCACGGGCUGGGAGCCUUCAAUUUUUAUUUCUUCCUCCGCAUCUGUCAUGGUGCUCACUGCUGUUUGAAUGUAAGAGGAGAUUCGACGGCUUCUUCAAGGGUCAAGGGGGACGAUGGCUUUUGACAAGACAUUUGUCCUUCGCCUUCCCACGUACUUACUUAUAUGCUGGCGCUACUUACCGUAGCCUCAACGUCGACUAGGGGCAUGUCUUGUGAAGCUUUACCUGGGAAGGAGUUUCGGCGGUAAUAGCGGACCUGGAGCCUCGAUCGAACAACUCGGUGUUUAUUAUGGGCACGCCUCCCUGGACCCGCCGCUAUUGCUGUUUUUCUCUUUCCUUGCCUUCGUCAAGCCUCCUGCCAGCAACAUGCUGCCGUACUGGCGUGGAUGACCUGUGGCCAUGGCUGAGCCGGCCUAGGCUAUCUCCCAAAAAUGAGAGGAGAGUGUCUGACCCAUAUUCCGCUCCCUUAUCAGUAGGGGUUCGAGUGCCAUACCAUGACCGUGGCUGGAUAGCAUACGUGCUGAGACCCUUUGCCACAACAUGUGGGCAUUCUCUGCAAUUUCGGCGAUAACAGAAUCCAGCCCAAACGUAGAGUUCCAUGGGCCGAGUCAGUGGGACUUGUUCUUCGUUGAAUCGCGGUAAUGCCGCAGCAUGGCUCUCCCUCCCGCGACAUGGACUCUGCAACAUUGUAUCAGCGGGAAAAAGGGAGUGAAUUGAGAGUGGCGAAGGUGGAAUUUCAUCGAGCAUUCGGACUACGGUACCAGACCGAGCGAGAGGUCUAUGAGAGCUUCAUCAAGUCUCCGAUAUGAAACCCCGGCGGAUCCUCUUCUACUCACUCACUGUAACAAGCUAUUGGUUGUAUCGAACCCUGCCACAUCCGACAGGCGUUUUAUGUUAGAUCUUUGCGAAGCAUUUGGCUGAUUCUUGUCCCUGUGCAAUAUCAUUAGGAUUUUGCGCGAACGCAGCUCCUUAGUUACCA